CGCGCCGGGCGUUCUUAUCACGGAGCUAUGAGUAUUUAAAUUGAAUCACGGCAUAUAUUUAUAUUUGACUCCUGCAGAAAAUGGCAUACAAUUAUAUUGAUACACCGCGAACCCAAGUCGGGAACGCGACAUACUUAAACACCGGCUUUCGAAGCACCACACGACACAAUCUUUCGGCUCUAGAUUCGCUCGAAAACUCCUUCCAUUCGCCUUCCGAAGAUAGAGAUCUGCUUAAAUCAGGCGAAAAUAAGCGAAGUCGUAAAAGCGAUGACUUCUCGCUACGAACUCCGCGAGCUGGGCCAGCUCCACGAUCCGCAAAAGGAGGCAUGCAAAGCCGGCGGAAUCUUCCCACCGCAGCGAUUCCUCGCGGCGAAUUCACGCCCCUCAUGAAGAGUGUUACGAAGAAUAAUUUUUUGCGGAAUACAGGGAAGGGCGGACCGGAGACACCGGCUUUUCUGCGGAAUGAUUAUAGGGAUCCGAAUACACCAGGGCUACCGAGGAUCGAGGCUAGCGAAAUCUAUGAAGAUCGCUCUAUGAACUCGAUCAACGAAAAUGAUGCCACACCCAUUCCUGAAGUAGCGAGUAGCAGCCCACAAAGUACGCCGCUGCCCGUGCUGCCUUCACGGAACGGGGGCGGAGGGGUUUUGGGAGACGAUAAUAUGAUGACAUUGAGGGAACAAGAAAGCGCUAUCGAUAAACUCAACAAAGACAACUUCGACCUUAAACUCAAGGUCCACUUUCUCGAGGAAAAGCUCAACAAGCUUGGACCAGAUGUGAACCGCAUUGCUCUGCAAGAGAAUAUAGAACUUAAGGUUAGCGGAAAGACGAUGGAGCGAGAGCUGUAUCGUUGUAAGAAGAGUCUGGCACGAGCUCAAACAAAGGCAGAGUCUUGCCAGCGAGAACUCGAAGAAUUUCAGGAAAUGUGGAAGAGGAAACAGGGCGAUGAUGCACCGCAGAAAGAAUUAAACUGGAUGAAGGAAGAAAUGGAGACCAAAGAUAUUGAGAUUAACGAGUUACGGGAGGACUUGAAAGCAGCACAGGAGAAGCAAUCGGAUGAAUUGCAAGAGCUCCGAGGUCAGAUCAGUGACUUAGAAUAUACUAUCAGAGAAAAGGACCGACUGUUGGAUGAAAAAGAAGACGAGCUUGAAGACCUCAAAGAAAAAGAGCUGGAGGAGCACAGUUCUCUAGCCGAGCUGGAGGCCGAAUUGGAACGCGCCAGAAAUCAAAUUCAAGAGCUAAAGGGGAGCAUCGAGCGCAUGAAGGGCGAAUCACAGAAUGCGGAGGCUGCCUAUCAAAAGGCAAACGAGGAGAGAGAUCGGGCUGUUGACGACUUGAGGGAACUCCAGGAUGAAAUGGCAAAUAAGUCAUUCUAUUCCAAAGGUCUUAAUCGUCAACUCGAAGAAAAAGCACACGCUCUUGAGGAUGAGGUUACCACCCUACGACAGCAAUGCAAUGAUGCGCAGGAAGAACUGGAAAGCAAGAGGAAAGCCGAACGUCAACUUGGCCAACAGGUACAUGAUCUUCGGCAGGAGCUUGUCCUGGAAAAGGGUAGGUAUGAAGAUAGGAUCAACCUACUCGAACGCGAGCGUGACGUAGCGAGAAAAGAACGCGAUUCCGCGUCAUCCCAAUUAUGCGAAAUCGAAGACGAGCUCCGAUCCAGGGGUGACGACAAAAAUCUGCUGCAAAAUCGGCAUGAUGCGUUGACGCACGAGUCCCAAGAACUACAGAGAGAUCUCGAAAGGGCUAGAGACAAUAUUGCGGAUUUGGAACAGCAGAUCUCCGACGAGAAACAAAGGUAUUUCGAGGCCAUCGAAGAUCUCAGACUGCGACACAGAGACGAGAUUGAUCUAUUGCAAGACGAUAUCGAGUCUCUGAAACGUAAACUCGAAGAUAGUGAAGCUCAGUUCAACGUUGAUCGAGAUAAAUGGGAAAGCGUCAAGCGUACAUUAGAUUUACAGAAACAUCAAGCGGAACAACAGGCUAGCGGAUAUAAACGGACUGUCGAAAGGCUCCAGCAAACGGAAUCGUCGCUGUCUGGAAAAGAAAAAAGACUACAGGACGCAAUUGACAGCGAAAAACAGCUGCACCUACAGGAAAAGGAGCUGCUUAAUUGCCAAAUUAAGGAUCUCACUGAUGACAUAGCUUCCCGACGACAAACCAUAGAGAGUCAAAGAACAGAGCUACUUUCGCUCAAGGAAGAAUUAAGAGUCGCCAAACGAGAAGGGGAGAUGAUGGAGGAAAAGAUCCGAAACUUGGAAGAUGAAGCCAUCAUUCUAAAAGCAAGCCUCGAACAGGAGAUGCAAUUUGGUGAAGAUAAACGGAGGAACGGCGUGUCCGAACUGGAGAAGCAGCUACAGAAUUCUCUCCGGGAGAAACAAACUCUCCGCGACCAGGUCGCGAAAGCAGAAGCAGAGUUAAGCGAGCUUCGGGCAGCCCUUCCCGAUAUUGAAGCUGAUCGUGAUGAGUUAAAGAGUCAACUUAACCGUUUCCACAAUCAAGUGGACGAAACUUAUCGAUUUGAUCAAGAGAAACUGGAUCUUCGCAAAGCCAAGCUACGUUUCGAAGCCGAUAUCAAACGGUUGAAAGAGGAGAACAGAGUUCUAGUUGAAGCGAAGAAGACACUAAAGAAUGAACUAGAUAUUGAAGUCGAAAGAGCUGCAGGUGAAGAGAAUAGGCUGCUAGCAGCGCUCGAUCAGCUCCAAGACAAACUCUUUACGACAUCUGAACAACGGAAUCGCGAAUUGGCGGUUGCUAAUAAUAAAGCAACUCGAUUGGAGAAUCGCGUUAAGGAUCUCGAGGCUAUUCUCGAGCAGCAGGGCGCGGCUGAAGUAGACAUUCCUCCGAUAUCAUCUGACUCUUCCAUUCUCCGUCAUCGUUUGGACGAAUCCCGCAAGAAGGAGAGGGCAGCCCUUCAACGUGAAGCAGACCUCAAAUCGUCUGUCCGACACCUCAAGGCCUGUAUCGCUGACCUCGAGAUGGAGAAUCACGAAUUACAGACGCAACAGUUCGAUCCAAUCAGCUCCAGCGCUGGCAUAUCACCGACGUCAAAGUUUUUGGAAGAGAAUCGCAAGCUUCGUGGUCAAGUGCUUGAAGCCCACAAAAAGAUGAAGGAGCUGCGAACCAAAAACCAUGAGCUUCAACGCCACGCCAUGAUGGGAGAGGAACGAAAAGAGCUCCAUGAGUUGCUCAAGUCCGCAACACUUGAGGCGGAGUCUCUGUCCGUGAAGCUAUCCGAGCGCGACGCGCGUGUUAACGAGCUACGAAACCAUCUGCGUCGAGUCCGCGAGGAGCGCUCUCUCUCUAGAAAGCGAGCAGAUACUGCAAAUAACCAACUCCAGGUACUUCAAGAUAAAUACGAAUUAGCCUUGGAUGACAUGGCUAGCCGGGUGGAGAGAAAAGGACGACAUGAGAAGGAGCUAAGGGGUCUGAGUAAAGAAAUUCUUUGGCUUAGAGCCAGAUUAUCGAGGGAAGAGAGGUUCCGGAAAGAUCUUGCAUGGAGUAAGGGUAUCAUGGAGCUUGGAGAGCGGGUCCGGAUUGCUUGUAAUGAAAUGGACCUUAAGAUGAUUGCAGAAAUGGGCGUCGAACCCAGUGUUGCUGCCACAAAAUUGAGCGCCAGAAAGAAAUUCAAGAGCGCUGUUUUGGUAGUCAUGGCAGCCACUCGAAUGCAAAAACUGGCGACUGAGUGGAGAAAGGCGAGAAAGAUUGGCGAAGGGCUUCGGAGAGCAAAGGCCGAGCUGCUGAAAAGAAGAGAACUUGCCCAGAAGGCGUCGGCUCCUAGUCUCAUACAGGCUUGA